CUGGAGGUGGAACUGCAGUUUUGAUCUCUUACCUGAAGCCUUUAACGUCAUGGCAAUUACAUAAAAUCUUUGUCUGGUUCUUGAACUGUACUGGUCAUCUAAAUCUCCGAUCGGCAGUGCUGGAUUAUGGGGGAUGCGGCGGUAGCGAAGCGUCGGGAGCAGCUGACUCGUUGGUCGGGCUCAAGUACGGAUAGAGAGCCGGCGGUGCCUCGGAGUCGCUGGAGAGGAGAGACGAGCACCGGGGCUCUUGAUGGAGGCAGAACAGACACCAAUGAGCAGCAGAAAAAAAACAGGUGGCGAGUGAGAUUUGAGAAGACUGCAGAGUUCCUAGCAGUCUGUGCUAGUGGUGACACCGAGGAGGCGAAGGUGAUGCUGGGAGAAGCAAGAGUGCAGAAUGGAGAGGAUGAUAUGGUUAACUGUGCCAACACAGAUGGAAUAACAGCUUUACACCAGGCCUGUAUUGAUGGCAGUAUGGAGAUGGUGGAAUUUCUUCUGUCUCGGGGUGCCAAUGUUAACCAGGUGGACAGUGAGGGUUGGACUCCUCUUCAUGUGGCUGCAUCAUGUGGAAACCUGGAGAUAACAGAAUUUCUGCUCAAGCAUGGUGCAUCUCUCUGCUCGGUGAACUGUGAUGGUGAUGUGCCAAUGGAUAUUGCAGAGGAUGAGGCCACAGAGACACUGCUGCAAGAACACACAUUGACACAGGAUGUGGAAGCAGCUAAGCGGGCAGAAGAGGAGUGGAUCAUGCGUGAUGCCCGCCACUGGCUCACAAGGGGGCUGCCUGCUAAUCUUUGCCACCCCCGGACUGGUGCUACUCCGUUACAUGUAGCAGCAGCUAAAGGAUAUUUGGAGGCCAUUAAAUUGUUGUGUCAGUGUGGUCUGGAUGUGAGUGCUAAAGACUAUGAUGGCUGGACUCCUCUCCAUGCUGCGGCUCAUUGGGGUCAAAGUGAAGCCUGUCGUCUACUUGCUGAGCAACUGUGUGACAUGGAGGCCCAUAGUAAUGGGGGUCAGACUCCAUUUGAUGUGGCGGAUGACAGUGUUGCGUCUUUACUGGAAGAACUGUCUCAAAGACAGGCUAAUUGGAGGACUGAACAGGCACUUAUUGAGCAGCAAAAUUCACAGAUUUCAAAUGCCAACACUGCAAACAAGAAACACAGGAGCUCUGUGUGCCGAAUGAGCAGCAGGGACAAAAUAUAUGUACAGGACCAGUCUAAGGAACGAGGGAUCUCAGGAGGCCUGGCACUCAACGAUAAGAGAGAAAGCAGCUCAGAAAGUUCAACAGUGUCGACACCAGAGAGCAUUGUUCCCUCUUCAGGGACCAUAGAGGAUAAAGAAGUCAAGGUGAAUGAUCAGGAGAGAGCGAGUCGCACAGCAGUUGUGCAGCCCACCCCUCAGAGGCAAGAGUCACCUGUUGAGAGCCCCACUAACGCCUCUAGUGAUGGAAGGAAGUAUCAGGCUCCAGUGAGAGACGAGGAGUCAGAGUUUCAGAGGAAAGCUCGCUCGCGUCUCAUGCGGCAGUCACGGCGAUCAACACAGGGAGUAACAUUGACAGAUCUUAAGGAAGCAGAACGGAUUAUUGUUAAGAGCAAUGAACCUCAGCACCUCAGUGUUCAGCCUGUGAGCCCCAACAUCACACUAACUCCAGCUGAGAAAGACACAGAGCCUGUGAAGGAAUUGGGAGAUGCAGAGACAAGACUGGGAGUGAGAGAUCGCAGGAAAGGGAGGAAAGAGAGACGCUCAACUGGUAUCGUUCAGCUGGCUGGAGAGAUGGAUGAUAUGGAUGCAAAUGAAGAUGCUGAACAAGACAACAGAACCAGUGAUCCCCAGUUGAACUAUUCCAGACACUCUUCUCUGGAUUAUAGUAAGUUGUAUCUGCAGGUGUUGCAAGAGAAUGGAGAUCUAAAAGAGAAGCUUCAAGAAACUCAGAUGCAGUUAAAUGAGAGUAAAGUUCAGCUGGAGAAACUCAAACAGAAUCAGGAGAAUGGAUCAAACAGACCAGCCCUGCUAGAGUUGGAGAGAUUUGAAAAGAAACUUCUUCAGCGGAGAGCUUCUGAGUUAGAAGAUGAACUCAAAGUGCUUGUGGAUUUGCGUGCUGACAACCAGAGACUGAAAGAUGAAAAUGCAGCUCUCAUUCGUGUCAUUAGUAAGCUGUCUAAAUGAAUCUCUGGGUUCUUUGGAUUUUUUUCCCCUGAAUUCCUAGGGAAAGUUGCCGUCCCAUUUUCUGCCCAAAGAACUGCACAGCAUGUUUCUUUCCCUCUCUCAUCUCUGGGACAUAUGCCCCAUGCCUGGGGUGGAUAAACUACUGUUGUUUAAAAGGAUAUGUACAUAUGUAAGGCCUUGUUUAGCUGCCACUCUAGACUCAUCAAAACUGUAAUUUCCGAUGACACAACUCAAAUCCAUCUGCUGUUCAGCUGCUCUAGAUUAUUGUGUUCAGCUCUGAUUCAGGGUGCUCUUGUAACCUUUGUAAUUUCUUUUGCGCAGUGUGCUUACUGUUUUUUUUUUUUUUUUUUUUUUUUAUAGCACAGAUAAGGCUUAUAGCUUUAAUGUUCCUUAAAAUUCACUUAGUUAAUGCCCUUAUUAAGCCCUAGACUGUGCUGCACUUAUGAGAAUUUUGAGUAAUUUGAAGUUUCAGUUCAGAUUCACUGUUCAGUUUCACUUAAAGACAGCUACUAUUGCAAUCUUUGCCUUUCAGCAGGUACCUCUAGAAACCUGCAAAAUAGAUCAAUUAAGAUUAUAUAAUAUACAGAAUAUAGAAUAUUGUUCAUUAAUAACAAAAAUGAUAUAUCACAGAUCAUAGAUAUGCAGUGUUAACAGAACAGGGUUAAUGUACGUUGAAAUAGAAAUUAAGUUUUAAUAUAUUUUCAUCUACGUUCAUAUUUGAAUGUACAUAAAGCACUGUUAAGAAGUAUCUAAUAUUUGUUUAAAGCUUAUUACUGAAAUUGCAGUGUAUAUUGAAAUUGCAGACUUAAUAUUUAAAUUGUGCUUUUUAAUGCCAUGGCAAUGUCAUUAUAAUUUUAGCUUAAAAAAUUAUUGUAAUAUUUCUUGAAAUGGUAAGCAAAAAAAGUAAGAACAAAUGUGCCAAACUGUAACGGCAUGCUCAGGGGUCUCUUAGUGAGACAGUAGAAGGUCUUGGGGUAAUGUGUCUCUUUCUCAUUAUGUAUCUGGAUUAACACUGUACUUUAGCUGACUACUGUUCUUUGGACCAAACAGGCAUUAGUAUGGAUAUAUUUCUCUAUCAUUGCAUAUUUAUGAAUAUAUUAUAUAUGAUGAAUUUUUAUGCUGAUGUGUUUUGCCAGUGGUGUAAUAUUUUUUUUUUAAUUAUAAAGAGACACACAAGUUUUUCUUUUUUACUGUGACUAUGAGUUUUGUCCUAAACCAAACUGGUGCCAUAGGUCAAAGCUUUUAAAGGUUUACCACUGUUUAUUUGUGUGUGUUUUUUUCUCUAAAAUUAUUGCUUACAGGACUUAGGCAUUUGUUCAUCCAGCAAGUGUAUUUUGCCAAAAAAAAUGUGCCUUUCUAUAUAUAUUUAGAUAGAUAGAUAGAUAGAUAGAUAGAUAGAUAGAUAGAUAGAUAGAUAGAUAGAUAGAUAGAUAGAUAGAUAGAUAGAAUAUGUCUCUGUUGCUUUGUUAAAAAUAUUGAGUCAGUUAUUCUCUCUGACCAAUAAAGAUCAUUGCAAAUGGUUGGGAAACAACCAUUAAAGCAAUCUGUGCACAAGUGCUUUUAUCUCUUGCAUAAAUAAAUAAUGUCUUGCUAGAUAUAA